AAGUGCUUCAUACAUCCAAUCCAUCACUUACACAACCAGUGCCCCCUCUCACCACCACCACCACCGCUAUCAAUUAACAUUUCCCACUUCUUUCAAUGCUGGAAUCAUUCUUCACUGGUAUACCCUUCCGAGAAUAAACACUAACGAAAAUCAACGACAGGAGAAUGAUUUUCUUUUCAUCUGUAUCAUCAUCACCAGCUCCUGCUCUCUACCUCCCAAGAAAAACCCCCAAUGUUCAUCACCUCUCAAAGCUUGGAAUCCGAAUUCAAUGUUGUUCACCGACUGUGUCAGUUUCAAGCCAAUCAAAAUCGACCCAGUUCGAUUUAAAGACUUACUGGACCACCCUUAUAGCAGAGAUCAAUCAGAAGCUAGACCAAGCUAUUCCAGUUCAGUUCCCAGAACAGAUCUAUGAGGCCAUGAGGUAUUCAGCUCUUGCUAAGGGUGCUAAACGGGCCCCACCUGUCAUGUGUGUUGCCGCUUGUGAGCUCUUUGGUGGCAACCGCCUCGCUGCCUUCCCUACUGCUUGUGCUCUUGAAAUGGUGCAUACAGCUUCGUUGAUUCAUGAUGAUCUUCCUUGUAUGGAUGAUGACCCUUCACGCCGAGGCCAGCCCUCAAACCACACAAUCUAUGGUGUUGAUAUGGCAAUCCUUGCUGGGGAUGCACUUUUUCCUCUUGGCUACCGCCACAUUGUCUCCCACACGCCCACAGGUCUUGUUCCGGAGCCACGCCUACUUCGUGUGAUUGCUGAGAUUGCUCGUGCUGUGGGAUCUACAGGAAUGGCUGCAGGGCAGUUCCUUGACCUUGAGGGUGGCCCCAGUUUCGUGGAGUUUGCUCAAGAGAAAAAAUAUGGUGAAAUGAGCGAGUGCUCUGCAGUUUGUGGAGGACUACUGGCUGGUGCUGAGGAUGAUGAAAUACAAAGAUUAAGGAGGUACGGAAGAGCUGUUGGAGUAUUGUAUCAAGUGAUUGAUGAUGUACUGGAAGCAAAAGCAAUGAAUAAAGAAAAUGAGGAGAAGAGAAGGAACGGGAAGAGUUAUGUUAGCCUAUAUGGGAUUGAGAAGGCAAUGGAGGUUGCAGAAGAGCUGAGAACACAGGCAAAGAAGGAAUUGGAUGGGUUUGCGAAGUACGGUGAUAGUGUCAUGCCACUAUAUAGCUUUGUGGAUUAUGCUGCAGAUAGAGGUUUCACUAUUGGAGAGUUGAGUUAACGAUGGUUAUUAGGUCCUUUUGUAAUGUUGGAGAAUCUUAGACUUACAGGUGACUUAUGGCUUGGGAUUACGGCAUUGACAUUUUGAUGGGUUUCCAAGUUGUAGGUAAAGUCCUUUUGGCUUGAGUUCAGUGUAGCCAGUUAGUUUUCCCUUACACAUUAUCAUUAACAAAACUCCAAUAUAGUGGCAAGGAUUAUGAGAUGGCGGACCAAGGGUGCCAAAAAUCCCAAAUGGAAGCAAGGAUGAUGAGAUGGGAUGAAUAUAUCCAAGGGCAAUUGGUUUGAACUCUGAAUAUUUUGUUUAGGCCUCUUUGGCGCCUAAUUUAGGAUAUGUUUUACUUCACUUCCCUUUGAGAGACUUCCAUUCAUGGAGUACUAUUAGAGAACAAUGCACUAUUUUGGUUUUGGUCUACGUGGGUGUUUGGCAUAGCUGUUGGAGAGGAACUGGUAGCCGUUUAAUUCGAAAUAACUAUGCGGAUGUGUUUGGUUUUUUU